AUGGAGGCACUGAUUUCAGCAGUUGCAGGUGAACUUGUCAGCCGGUUCAUCUCUUUCGUGGCACAGAACUUCUGCGAUCGUACGCUGAAUGAGGAUGACCAUACAAGGUUGGAGCACGUCCUGCUAAGGACUCAUACCAUCGUUGAGGAAGCAGAGGGGCGGUGCAUCACAAAUCGAGGAAUGCUGCUACAGCUGAAGAUGCUCAUGGAGGGCAUGUACGAAGGGCACUACGUUCUUGACAGGUUCAAGAUUCAGUCUGCUGAAGAAGGCGAGGUGAGCCAUCAGAAUCGAAAGUUUGACAUAUCUAUUCUUACCGCUGCCAAGCGCCUUCGUUUUACUUCUGCUACCACAAAGGGCACACCAGUAACUUUUGGUACCGGGAGCACCGCAAGCCUGAAAGGAGUUCUUGACAGUUUAGAAGCAAAGAUUCAGGAUAUGAGGGAGUUCGUCAUGCUACUUGGCAGCUGCCCACGCCUGCCUCGAGGUGCCUUCGGAAGCAUGGAUCCUCAUGAGCAUCCGAAACUUGCAUCUCUGGGCAUGCAGCUGGCUGCUGAAUUAAAAGGCUCAUUCCUGGGUGCAAACAUACUUGGUGAGAUGUUAAGGUCCAAUCCUAACUCUCAGUUCUGGCGCGCCAUCCUGUCAAGCGUAAGAGCGCUGGUACAGGAACACAUGUUUUCCCUUGGAGUACACCCUGAAGACCUCCUUGAGAGAAAUGUUCCUGUUGGUUUCUCUAACGUUUCCUUUGUGGGUGCUCAGAGUCAGGGGUGUCUGGUGUAUGAUCUCAGGGAGGCUGGCCCUGGACAAGAAGAGCUACCAUUGCCGACGUCGCGAGAAGUACUGACGGGUGUCAAGGUUCCUGCUGAGGACAAGUUUGAUGUGCUGGUAUGGAAAUCUCGCAUCCCACCUUACUGCAGCUACAUAGUUACCUAUGAGAGACAGAAGGCGCCCCAGCGCAUAGUUGGCAAGAAGAAUCGUCUGGCUCUGACAGAAAUAUCAUCGUAG